UUUAUUUUUUUUUCCUGUGCCAAAAGAAUCAAUCUUUUUUUUCUUACCCAGAAAUCAAUUUCAAUGGCACCGCCAAUAAUGUUGUUGCUUCUCCUAGCUUCGUUCUUGAUUCCAACGCAGACCCAAUUCCAAGUCGAAGCCAAAGACCAGGCCUUUACCUCCAUAGUCAUAUCCCAAAAGGGUCUUGAUUUUCUUAAGGAAUUGCUGGUGACCGAAGCUGUGUCUUCCAUAAUUCCACUCCAAGUUCCCCAAAUUAAGAAAUCGAUGAGGGUCCCGUUUCUGGGGAGUGUUUAUAUGGUGGUUUCGAAUAUCACAAUCUAUGGAAUCGAUGUGGGUUCGUCUUAUAUCAAGCUGGGUGAUGAUGGGAUUGCUAUUAUUGCUUCGGAGACGACUUGUAAUUUGAGCAUGAAUUGGUAUUAUUCGUAUAGUACUUGGGUUGCGCCGGUUGAGGUUUCCGAUGAAGGCAGUGCCUCUGUAAAGGUUGAAGGCGUGGAAGUUGGGCUUACAUUAGGCUUGGGGAUCCAAGAAGGAACUCUGAAGCUUUCCCUGAAGGACUGUGGUUGUCAUGUUAAGGAGAUUUCCAUAAAAUUGGAUGGAGGAGCCUCUUGGUUUUAUCAAGGGAUGAUUAAUGCAUUUGAAGAACAAAUAGGAUCUGCAGUGGAAAAUUCUAUCACCAAAAAACUUAAAGAUGGAAUUGUAAAGCUCGAUUCAGUUCUGCAAGCUCUUCCAAAGGAAAUCCCAUUAGAUGAUGAUACUUAUUUGAAUGCAACUUUUGUAAAUGACCCAGUUUUGAGUAAUUCUUCCAUAGGAUUUGAGAUUAAUGGUUUAUUUACUGCACGAAGAAAGCCUUCAGUCUUUGAGUACCAUAACAAGGAUUCAAAAGCAUUAGUUGCAUGCUCGGAUCCAUCUAAAAUGCUUGGAAUAGCAUUGGAUGAGGCUGUGUUUAACUCUGUAGCAGCCACAUACUUUGAUGCAGAAUUUAUGCAAUGGACUGUGGACAAGAUACCAGAUCAGUCUUUUUUGAACACUGCUGGAUGGAGAUUCAUUAUUCCCCAACUAUACAAGAAAUACCCAAACCAUGAUAUGAACUUGAAUAUUUCUUUAUCUUCUCCACCAGUCAUAAAGAUCUCAGAGCAUAAUAUUGGUGCUAUCAUCUAUGCUGACCUGAUCAUUGAUGUAUUGGACGAAAACAGUGUAAUACCAGUUGCAUGCAUCUCAUUGGUCAUUCGUGCAUCAAGUUCAGUUAAACUCUCGGGCAAUAACCUUGCCGGCAGCAUGAAAGUGGAUGACUUUUCUAUGUCAUUGAAGUGGAGCAAUAUUGGCAAUCUUCGCAUGUAUCUCAUUCAGCCGGUGGUUUGGACGGUCAUUCAGACUGUUUUUGUGCCAUAUGUGAACUCACACCUCGGAAAGGGAAUCCCACUACCAAUCGUUCACGGAUUCACCAUUCAGAAUGGCGAACUACUCUGCUCGGGUUCAAAAAUUAUGGUUUGCAGCGACGUGACAUACGAACCAUCAGAUUCACACAAUCUUAAUGCGUUCCUACAAAGUCUGUCUAAAUACACUCAUGCCACAUAAACUUGUCUUCAAAAUGCUCAUAAGGACUCAAUGCAUCAGCUUCCCUGCUUUGUAUAGCACUGCUCAAUGUUCAGUAUGUAAAGUUAGUCCAAGAACAACCCUUGAAUGUGACAGACUGUCUCAGACCUUCUUGAACAUCACAACACCACCACUGUACAUGUUGUAGCUAAAACCUACUUGUUGUCAAGGCUUUUUCCCCUCAAAUCCUCAAUGUAGCCUCAGGGCAAAAGCCGAAAAUGUAAUGUUGCAAUGCGUCUAUGGUUUUUUCAUCUAGAA